UGUGGGAAGGGCCUACUGAAUGUUUACACAGAGAGACAGAGGAGCAGAAGUAUUUUUCUUAGUCGGGCUCAAAAGGCUCAAUCUCAAACACAUUUUAGAAAAGGAAGAACGAGCAAGGCAAAAGAGUUCUGAGUGGCCAGGACAAAUAUGACAACUGAAACAACAGAGAAUGCAGGAGGAGUGCAACCAGGCACAAAAAAAGCCUGGUGUCCCAUGGGGGACAAACAUUUUCACAGCGAUGAGGUGAAGCAGAUCUGGAAGGAGUGCCAAGAGGAGAGUUUUUGGUACAGAGCUCUUCCGCUCUCUCUUGGAAGCAUGGCUAUCACUGGUGGCCUAAUCUACAAUGGGGUUUGGAAACAAUCAAAGCGCUUUGGUCCAUUCCCUAAACUGGCACUGGCAGGUAUCAUUGGUUACGCAGUGGGAAAAGCUUCUUACAUGGGAACAUGUAGAGAAAAGUUUCAAAAGCUGGGCCCAGACUUCGGCAAAGGCUUUGGCCCAGGCUGGGGUCCAGGGUGUGGGCCUCUUUUCUUUGGAGGCAGUGGACAUAGACACUGCACACAUGUAUGUCAGGAGUGUAAGAAAGUCGAAGAAGCUGGAACAGCGUCUGCAAAACCUACUCAAAGCUGAGGGAAUUAAGCGUAAAUACACAAAUGUAUUCAACUACAUGAUGCCUGCUUCGACUAAUACCAGAAGUAAUGCAAACACUGGUACAGUGUCAUCGGUCAUUAUCUUAUAGAACACAUACUUUUGUAGGUUCAUUUAUGCAUUAAAACAAUUAAAAUGAA